AUGGGUCGUAGGCAAUAUUCUGGUAAAAAAAAGAGAAACGACGAGUUUAUAGAUUGGAAUCAAGUACCACGAAGAAAUGAAGGUCUAGAAAAAUACUACAAGCUCCAAGCGCUUAUGUCAGACGAUGAAUUGGAGAGUUUGAUGUCAAAACUUGCUGAACCUUUGCCGACUACGUUUCGUAUUUCCUCUUGUAAUCAACAUGCGACUCAGGUUCGGGAUCAUUUCAUAAAGCAUUACUAUCCUUUAAUUGAGAACGUGGAAGUUGAGGGUACAAAGGUUUCACCUCCUGUCAUAUUACCAUGGUAUCCUAAUCAAAUGGCUUUCAUGUUGGAUAUUCCAAAGACUAUUAUUCGAAAGAGUCCUCCGUUAAAGCUACUUCAACAAUUUUUAGUUUUAGAAACCGAAGCAGGUGAUAUCAGCAGACAAGAGGCUGUAAGUAUGAUUCCUCCUCUUUUCCUUCACGUGAAAAACCAUCAUAAAGUUCUUGAUAUGUGCGCUGCUCCUGGAUCUAAAACUGCUCAGCUUCUAGAGGAGCUUCAUACUCCUGCAGAUGGCCAAGAGACAUUUGAAAGUCUGCUUCCUUCUGGUAUAGUGGUUGCAAAUGACGCUGAUAACAAACGAGCUCACAUGCUUGUCCACCAGAUUAAGAGAUUGAAUUCUCCAAAUGUAUUAAUCGUCAAUCACGAUGCAUCUUUCCUCCCUCAUUUCCACGUAGAAGUAGAUGGCCCAAAUGGGAAAGAAAAAUCCUACCUAAAAUUUGAUCGCAUCUUAGCUGAUGUUCCAUGCUCCGGUGAUGGCACAUUUCGCAAAAACAUCUCCCUCUGGAAUGAUUGGACAUUGAAGACAGCUCUUGGUCUACAUUCUACCCAAAUAAAAAUUUUGAAACGCGGUAUUGAUCUACUGGCUAGUUCUGGUCGUCUUGUCUACUCUACUUGUUCAAUGAAUCCAAUUGAAAAUGAAGCUGUCGUUGCAGCCGUUUUAAAAUCAAGCAAGGGCUCGGUUAGAUUGGUAGACGUAAGUAAUGAAAUACCUGAGCUGAAAAGAGGCCCUGGUGUGAAGCGUUGGACCGUUUGCGAUAGUGAGUUGAACGCCUACCCUUCAUUUGAAUCCCUUCCUAAAGAACUUAACGGAAAAAUGGCCAAGUCUCUUUGGCCACUACCUGAGGAAGAACUUACACAAAUGGGAAUUGAGAGAUGCAUGAGAGUAUAUCCUCAUCAUCAAAAUACGGGUGGCUUUUUCGUUGCCGUAUUCGAAAAAUGUGACAACUCAGAUGUCUCAAUGAAUAAAGACAUCGCUGAGCAAGAUAAUUCGGACGAUGUAGGUAAAAAUGUCGAUGUUGAGCAACCUAUGCCAAAAAAGCAGAAAUCAUCCAAUUUUGAAAAAAGAUUAAUGUCUGCCGAAAAUCGGGCUCUAAAAGCUGGGAACAAAUACCACGAACUAGAUCCUUUCGUUUAUAUUAAAGAAAAUGAUGAAAUGCUGAACAAAAUCUAUGAAUCAUUUAAAAUGGAUGAAAAAAAUUUGAAGAAAGAUUUGUUUUUUGUUCGGAAUCUUGAGGGAACAAUAUCGCGUGCUGUGUACAUUUCCAACAGUUUAUUUAAAAAUAUAAUUGAGUGUAAUCGAAACAGAGUUAAAUUCGUACAUGGGGGUCUGAAAAUUUUUGUUAAGCAAGAUUUUGGAAGCUUAUCUAAGGAAGUUGCUAAAGAUGCCAACGUCUGUGUUUUCCGUGUUCAAAGUGAUGGAUCAAGACUCGCGAGCCACUGUAUUAGCAAAGAUUCUGUUUUAACUACCAAUCUCUCAGAUUUGAUGAUUUUCUUAGAACACGAAGCCGUUACUGUAGACAACUUUCCGGAAGACAGUAUUUUCAGAAAGCAUUUCGAAAAACUUCCCUUAGGAAAUACCCUUCUUUACGUUGAUCUCAAAAAGGAAAAUAGCGUUAUCAAAAAAGACGUGUAUAUUCCUCUCUGGAGAAGUGUUCGUAUGUGUAAUGUCAUGAUUUCGAACGCCGAAAAAAGGACAUUAAAACUACAGAUUGAAGGACCCAGAAUUGAAGAUCAAGCUUAA